AUGCCUGGAAACGACGUCCUCCGACAGAGACUGCAUGCAGCGGCGCGUGUUCUGAAUUCGCAUAGAUUAUCCUUCUAUGCUUUAGCAUCCUUGACUGCCGUCGGCGCGGUCGUGGUCAAUGCCCUCAAGAACUACAGCAAUUUCUAUUCUGUCGCGAUUUACCUCUCGAAGAGUAGCCGCAGUGUCCUUGCGUUAGCCAAUUUCUGUUUUCUGAUCGCCCUACUAUGUGGUCAUCUUGUCCAGCGAAUCUUCUUUGGACCCUUGCGGCCAAUUGAAAUUGAACGCCUCUACGAUCGACUGUGGUUCUUCAUAACAGAGUCGUUGUUGGCCUUCACUAUCUUCCGUGAUGAAUUUGAUGUAUCGUUUGGCUUCAUGUUUGGAUUCCUAUUAUUCGUCAAGUCCUUCCAUUGGCUAGCUAGUGAUCGCAUUGAAUGGAUGGACCAACGACCGUAUCCCGGGCCGCCUCUGCUUUUCCAUUGCAGAAUGGUCGCGCUAUUCAUAGUCCUUUGGGUCACAGACAUCAUUAUGUUUAUGUUCACGAUCGAACACACCCUCAAUGUUGGUGUUGGGGGAAUGGUCCUAUUUGCAAGUGAAUAUGGCAUUUUGAUCUCAAGCAUCAUGAAUACCAUCUGCAAAUAUCUUCUGACUUCAUACGAAUUGCGUCGCGCAGGCCAACGGGGAGGAGAGAACGCACCUCCUUGGGAAAACAAGAGCAUGUGGACGUUCUAUAUCGAACUUGCAACAGACUUCAUGAAACUGUCUGUCUACUUGGUGUUUUUCACCGUAAUCAUCACUUUCUACGGCCUGCCUCUCAACAUCGUCAGGGAUGUGUACAUCACGGCUCGAUCGUUCAUCACGCGACUUCGGGCGCUCCACCGGUACCAGACUGCCACACGAAAUAUGGACCAGCGCUACCCAAAUGCAGAUGAGCAAGAGUUGGCAGCAAUGAGUGACCGCACCUGCAUCAUCUGCCGAGAAGAGAUGGUUUUCCAAGAAAAUCAGCCUCAGGCGACGCCAAAUGACCGGGAAGGACCAAAUAUGACGCCGAAGAAAUUACCCUGUGGCCACAUCUUCCACUUUUACUGUCUGCGAUCUUGGUUGGAACGGCAACAGAGCUGUCCGACAUGUCGACGCACUGUCCUUGACGACAAUCCGCCAACCAAUCCACAGGUAGCAAACAACAAUCCGCCCGCACCUGCUCCCGGCGCUAUUCCUCAGCUGAACCAACAAGGCAACAACCCUCUCGGUAACCCGCUAGGUUUUGUGAAUCGCUUUUUUGGUCCACCAAAUCUCCCACAGAAUAAUAAUCAGAACCCCCAAAAUCAAGCCCCAGGCGACCAAACCGCUCGUCCCAAUGGCGCAGCCCCUGCUAGGGAGAUCAUGGUUCAAUACGAUGUCGAAUAUCAAGGCCGCAGGGCAGGCGCUAACCAUCCAGGACAAGUGCCUACGAACUUGAACCCCGUUCCGCAAUAUCGUGGUCACAGGGGACCCGACGGUGGUUGGCAAGCUUGGCCAGAGCCAGGGCAGCUUAAUCCAACUGUGAAUGGUGCCGUCAACGCCGCGCCUGCACAGUCGACGCCAACAACACAACCCCAGAACGGCGGGAUCUCAACUGACUCUGACAACUCAGAUUCAGAUUCAGAAUCUGAUACAGGCUCUACACCAUUGGAGACCUUGUCACCCCGGGAGGCCGCAAGGCAAGCUGCGCUGCGCAGAUUCGGCGGUCCAUCCACUGUUCCUCAGCCCACUCCAACCCCUACAACCACGGCCAUUGAAUCCACGUCACAGCCGGUCAGACAAAGAUCAUCACCUACCCCUUCGUCUUCGGCUUCCACAACGCAGACAUUCAAUCACGGCGCGCCUCCAUUGAUUCCGAUGUACGACAUUGAAUUCAGCGCCAACAGCCGUCGCCUGCCAGCGCUAAACUGGAAUCUAAGCACCCCAACAGCAUUUGGUGCCUACCCCCAAACUGCAGGAUUGUUCGAUCAAGUUCCGGCCGGUGGGCAGACGACUCCUCUGUCAACGUCGCGGUCCCUUUCCAGCAUUCCAUCCCAUCUCAGUGAUGAACAACUGGAAACAUUGGACCAAUUGACCCGAGAGGCGAUUGACGAGCGCCUAAGGGUGCUCGAGGGAGUCUCGAACACUGUCUACCGUUGCAUCGACGACCUGAUGCGAAUGAGGAGCGCUUUGCCGUCCAGUCUCCCCUCUACACCAAAUGCAGGUCCAUCCCAUCCGUCCUCGGUGUCUCGAAAGGAAGAAAAACGGCCAGAAGUACCCACGAAUUUCUCAGGAACCUCAGAGGACGACUCCUCAGGAGACACUGGAGCUACCAGUACUGAACCCUUGUAA